UUGUUUAUAUACGUAUAACAGUACGCUCCAAUGAAAUGAAAAUACAUUCAUUUCACGUUGCGCGCGAUCCUUUGACCAUGAAAUAAUUAAUUUGAGGUGACAUAGAAUGGAUUAUUGAUGAUCCACGUGGCAUUUGGCAUAGGCACAAAUUCGACGUACAACCAAAAAAACUAUUGCACGAAAUGUAAAAGACAGACAAAGUCUGCAAGAGGGCGCCAAGUUGGCACAAUAAUAAACGUCGCGUUACUAGGAUAUAGAGAAAAGCGGCAGUGACAUCGUUCGAGCAGAGUGUUUCGUUGAUAUUCAGUGUGUUUAUAUAAUUUUGACAUUUCUAUUGGUAAACAGAAAUGUCGCAUCACAUCAUUUUUUCCUGCACUAUCGUGAGAGCUAGUAACAUUGAGACUUACGCACUUAUUUAGAUUAUGGAUUAUAGUGGUGAAAAGCUACAAAGAGUUGCUGCAAAAGACCAGAAUCGAUUAUAAAGGGAAAAAACCAGCUGAUAUUUGCAAAAGGCUCCCUAAUAUGUACAAUGAGGCCCAGAAUGCCAAGUUACAAGGAGACGAGGAGAAGCAAUACAUCAUGUUAAGGAGAUGGUUGGACUCGAUCGAAUGGUUGAAAAAUACUCAAGAAUAUAAAAAUGAUAAAACAUUCUCCUUAACAAAUAUACAUGUCAAUCAGGUGGGGAGUGGCAUCAACGAAGUGAAGAAGCUACUUGCAGACUUGAAACAAAAAUUAGAUACCCGAUAUAAGCAGCUGCUGAAAGAAAAGAUGUUGAAAAAAAACAGCGUGGAAAGAAUGGAUAUAGAUAAUGAAGUAAGAACAGACAUAUGUAUGGCUUCUAUUGACGGCCCUAUAAAAUUGCCUGAGACACCAACCAGGGAUCCAUUGGUCAGUGAUAAUGAAGAAAUUAUAAACUGUGAUCAGCUGUUUCAAUUAAUGCAAAAAAUAGACGGUAGAUACCUGAUCAUUGAUAUCAGGCCUAAGUUGGAAUUCGAAGCGUCGCGAAUAUCAAGCGACAAAUCGGUUAACAUUCCUAAUACUAUAAUAAAACCUGGGGCAUUAACAUCGCAUUUCGAAGAAUACUUCCGCAAAGAGAAAAAGUCUUUAGACCUGUUUAGGCAUAGGGGAGCUCAAUACGUCGAUGUUAUAGUUCUAAUUGAUUGGGAUACAUCAAGCAAAACAUUAACAUCUGAAAAUCAUUUAAACAUAUUGAGGAAAAUUUUAGAAGAUUGGGACCCUGGUAUAAAAUAUAAAAGAAUCACGAUUCUAGAUGGUGGUUACGCGGAAUGGUUAACUCGUUAUCCGGCAUUUACGACAAAUCCUAAUAUCGCCGAGCCUGCUUUAAACGACAUUGCAGACGAGAUAUUAGAUAAUAUAGAGUACCCUGAAUUAAUACACUUAGAUGCGGAGGAGAACAUUGUUAGGUCGCGUGAAAAUAAAUUAAUUAAAUUGAAAUCAAUAAACAGAGACGAAACUGCGUCGAAAGUUAGCAUUAUGAAUGACAAAAUGUGGUACAAACACAUGGACUCAGAAAUGAGUAACAACAUUUCUGUGCGUACUAAGAGUUUUAUGAAUAAUUCUGUCGAAGCAGAUAAAAUCCCUAAAAACAACACGAACUUGCGACAAUACGAUAAUAAUUCGUUGAAACUUCAACACAAGAAUACGUUGGGUCUUAGCCUGAAGAACGGCAUGCCUACGAAACCAAUAAUAGAUAGAAGUAGCAAACCAGUUUCUUUGGACACUACUUCUGAAUCGAAAACAGUGUUGAAAUUAAUGAAACAGUUAAACGAGUAUGCAAAGAAUAAGCAGGAGUUGGAGCAAGAAAUUUUAGAACAGGAACGCACUUUAUAUAUGCAACACGACAUUAAAUACAAAGGUUUGAAGGAGGAUGAAUAUAUUCAUAAUCAUGUAAAAUCUUUGUGCUCGAAAUUAGAAGAUAAGCAAAAAGAAUAUAAAAAGAUCGAAGAUGAACUCGCUAAAUAUUGCGAGAAAUCAAUUAAAUACAGUCCCGCAGAAGAAAACGAGAAGGGAAAUCUCGAGUUUACCCUCGCUAUACUAAAACGGCGAAUGAAAGAUACUUCUGCGGAUCGGGAGAAAUUACGAGAAAUAUCUAUGAAAAAUAACUACAAGGAAUUGUCGACAAAUGAGAAUGAAAAUAAUAUCCACAAGGAACCUCUGAAAAUGGAUAGUACAUCGAUGGGAGGGAAUUUAGAGCGCUCAUAUUCCAGUCCAAAUUUACUUCAGUUGACAGAUCGUAAAGCACCGCAAGUAGACAGAAGUUCGAAACCACAAGUCUCGCCGUACAGUCAGAAUGGAACUUAUGGUGAUAAUAAAAUAUCCCAUUUAAGUUGGGCGAAUCGUGAAGAAAGAAUGACACCUGUUCAUGGAAAUGUUCAUCCUGGCAUUACAGGGUUAAAGAACUUAGGCAACUCAUGUUAUAUGAACAGCAUUAUACAAUGCUUAAGUAAUACCACGCAUUUAGCCAAAUACUUCAUGGACAAUUUGUACGCUGACGACCUGAACACUAAUAACGAUAACAACACGCAGGGUCAAGUCGUGGAAGAGGUAGCUCAAGUAAUUAAAGCACUGUGGCGAGGUCAAUACAAAAGUAUAUCACCACAUGACCUCAAGAUCGCCGUUGGACAAUACAAAUUACAAUUUGAAAGCUACGAGCAACAGGAUUCUCAUGAGUUUCUCACUUUUCUCUUAGAUUGGAUGCACAAUGAUCUAAAGAAGAAUUGUAAGAUGCCUCUGGAAAUGACAGUUGCUGAGAAGGCUUGGGACAAAGCGAUGGGAUCCCAAAGAUCUAUAAUUUCAGACUUGUUUUUCGGCCAGUUAAAAUCCACUAUAACAUGCAGCUUUUGCAAGCAAAGUAGUACCACAUACGAGACUUUCAAUAGUUUAACAACAUCGUUACCCCAUGCCAAUCGGUGUACAUUAAACGAUUGUAUUUUAAAAUUUGUAAGUGGGCAAAAGGUAGUAGGCUGGAAAUGUCCAAAAUGUCAAACGCCUCGGGAAGCUACGAAAAAAUUCGAUUUCGUGAAGUUGGCUCCUAUUAUAGUCAUACAUUUAAAUCGUUUCGCUGAGAGCGGUGGAUGGCUCGAAAAACGAAACACCGCGGUUGAUUUUCCUCUUACGGACUUCAAUCUGAAACCAUACUUGGUAGCGGAUACUAGUAGUACCACGAACAUUCGCAGUUAUAGUUACAGUUACAGUUUGUACGCAAUGUCUAAUCAUUAUGGAACCAUGGAAGGUGGCCACUACACGGCAUUCUGUAAAAACGCGGCUCAGAAUAAAUGGUAUAAAUAUGAUGAUCAAACAGUGACGGAAGUUACAAUGAGUCAAGUAAGAUCUCAGAACACCAGUGCCUAUCUGUUAUUUUAUACAUCCUUUUCGAGCAACAUUAUUUAGUAUUAAUACAAAGGGCUAAGUGGCUAAUUUAUUACUUAAAUAGUUAUGAAUGUUCUGUGACAAUGUAGAUAAUUGAAUAUUUUUUGUAUGUAUAUGUAUGAAGUGUAUUAAUCAUGUGAACGUAUAUACUAUACACACACAAUACUAGGACGACAUUAAAGGCUUUAUUGGUGCUGGGAUAAAUAUAUGCUAAACAACAUGUAAAUAACGUUGAGCUGAAUUUUAUUGUUUCAUUCAUAUCGAAAUUAUACAACGUGAUAGAAAAAUUAGUUGAAACUAAAAAACGCGUAAAAGAAAUUGUAUUUAAUAUGCAUUGCAGUCUAUUCUUCAUUUUGAUUAUCCGUAUCAGUAAUGUUGCACUCCUUGUAUGUGUGAUAUAAAUAUAUUUUUCUUCUGCAUUCUUCAAACAUGAAUGCAACACAUUCUCCAUUUAACACGAUAAUUUUAUUAUCGGCAACUCGUAUUGUUAGUUUCGUUAACCUAUAUAUAUAUUUAUUGUACAAAGUUAUUUAUAAUCAUUUCGUUAAUUAUUCUCGUGUUAUUUCGAGAAUGAGUAAACUAUUCAAAUUUCGUUUUAAAAUGUGUUCUAAAACAUGUUCUAUAUGUUAUGUGAAUUCAAUAUAUUAUGUCAGUAUUUUGCAACUAUUAUUAUUAUUCAAUGAGACACAACGACUUACUAUUAUCGUGUAUAGUUAAGAAUGAAAAGUGAAAGUAAUGAAUACUUUUGGAGCACAUGUAAGCGACUAUAACAGUUGUAAGAUACUGUUUUUAUAUGAUAUCCGAUGUAUGCGUGUAAAAAAAAAAAAAGAAAAGAAAAG